AUGACCGGGUACGACUCGUGCGAGCUUGGAUUCUUGUCCGUGUUGUCUAUCCCGCCUCUAGAACAAGUACAGCCAGUGCGGUAUCAACAAAGACUUCUGCACCGAAUCCGAGUCGCCAACAGGCGCACCCGGAACAUCAGCCCGAGCUACGCCGUCAACGCCAGCCCCAUACAAGCCCAGUGGGAGUUGUUCAAGCAGUUGCCUGGCUUCAAGAAGAUCCUGUCGCUUGGUGACUGGAGCUUCUCCGCCGAACCGGCUACGUAUCACAUUUUCCGCUCCGCGGUCGAGCCGGGUAAUCAGGAUAUAGUUGUCGCGAACAUCGUCUCGUUUGUGACAGAGCAUGACCUGAAUGGCAUUGACAUAGAGUGGAAAUAUCCUGCUGCAACAGACAUCCCCAGCAUUCCACCAGGUACGUGA